CAUAAUGCACAGAGACUUCACACUUGAAGAAGUAUGGAGAUUCCUGUCGGCACGUAGCCGCUAUUUUCUCUCUCUCCGCUACUUUUUCCCUGUAUAUUUUUCAUAUUUAUUAACUGGGUCGCAAAUGAAGAGACAGAGGUCAAAGUGAAGAGUGGAUAUAAAGCAUAUUGAAAUGUCAUGGCAGCUUCUGAACUAUACUCCAAGUAUGCCCGGGUCUGGCUCCCAGAUGCUGCGGAAGCAUGGAAGCCAGCAGAGAUCACCAAGGACUACACUCCUGGAGACAGGGCUCUGUGUCUACAGCUGGAAGAUGGCACAAACUUGGAACACAAGAUCGACCCCCAGACCAAUAGUUUACCCCCGCUAAGGAACCCUGAUAUCCUGGUGGGGGAGAAUGACCUGACAGCUCUCAGCUACCUCCACGAACCAGCAGUUCUACACAACCUCAAAGUGCGCUUCGUGGAGUCCAAGAUCAUCUACACCUACUGCGGCAUCGUGUUGGUUGCUAUCAACCCCUAUGAGAGCAUACCCAUCUAUGACCAUGACAUCAUCCACGCCUACAGUGGACAGAACAUGGGCGACAUGGAUCCUCACAUCUUCGCUGUGGCUGAGGAGGCUUACAAACAGAUGGCCAGAGAUCAGAGGAACCAGUCUAUCAUAGUGAGUGGGGAGUCUGGGGCUGGUAAGACAGUCUCUGCUAAGUAUGCCAUGAGGUACUUUGCUACAGUCAGCGGGUCCUCCAGCGAGGCUAAUGUGGAGGACAGAGUGCUGGCCUCCAGCCCCAUCAUGGAGGCCAUCGGGAAUGCAAAGACGACUAGAAACGACAACAGCAGUCGCUUUGGGAAGUACAUCGAGAUUGGAUUCGACAAAAACUACCACAUCAUCGGGGCCAACAUGAGAACGUACUUGCUGGAGAAAUCUAGAGUGGUGUUUCAGGCUACCGAGGAGAGGAAUUACCAUAUCUUCUACCAACUGUGUGCCUCCUCACACCUUCCUGAGUUCAAACCUCUCCAGUUAGGCAACGCUGAUGAUUUCCACUGUACCAACCAGGGAGGUAGCCCUGUCAUAGAGGGAGUAGACGAUGCCAAAGAGAUGUGCAGCACCAGGAAGGCUUUCUCAUUGCUGGGAAUCAAUGAAACGUACCAAAUGGACCUCUUCCAGAUCCUGGCCGCUCUGCUUCACCUUGGCAACGUGGAGGUGGAAGAGAGAUCGGCAGACAGCAGUACCAUCCUGCCUGACAAUAGUCACCUGACGGUGUUCUGUGAGCUGAUGGGCGUGGCCUACCAGGACAUGUCUCAUUGGCUGUGCCACAGAAAAUUGAAGACUGCCACGGAGACCUACGUUAAGCCCCUCUCCAAAGUGCAUGCGGUCAACGCACGGGACGCGCUGGCCAAACACAUCUACGCCAAACUCUUCAGCUGGAUCGUAGACCACGUCAAUGAGGCUCUGCGCUCUGCUGUCAAACAGCACUCCUUCAUUGGGGUUCUCGACAUCUAUGGGUUUGAAACGUUUGACGUCAACAGUUUUGAGCAGUUCUGUAUUAACUAUGCCAACGAGAAGCUUCAACAGCAGUUUAACAUGCAUGUGUUCAAGCUGGAGCAGGAGGAGUACAUGAAGGAGGAGAUUCCCUGGACUCUGAUAGACUUCUAUGACAACCAUCCCUGUAUCAACCUCAUCGAGGCCAAAAUGGGGGUCCUGGACCUGUUGGAUGAGGAGUGCAAAAUGCCCAAAGGCUCUGAUGACACAUGGGCUCAGAAACUUUACAACACCUUCCUGAAGAAAAGUGAUCUUUUUGACAAACCUCGUAUGUCCAACAAAGCCUUUAUCAUCCUCCACUUUGCAGACAAGGUGGAGUACCAGUGUGAGGGAUUCCUGGAGAAGAAUAAGGACACUGUCAAUGAAGAGCAGAUUAUUGUGCUCAAACUAAGCAAGUUUGAGCUGCUGUUGGAGCUGUUCAGCGACGAGGAGAAGCCUGCAGGCUCCCUGACCAGUCGCAGUAAGAUGACACGGCCUGUUCAGGCUCAGAGAGACCACAAGAAGACCGUUGGAACGCAGUUUCGUAACUCUCUACAUCUGCUGAUGGAGACUCUGAACGGAACUACUCCUCACUAUGUACGCUGCAUCAAGCCUGACCUCAAAUCCCCAUUCAUGAUGGACCCCAUGAGGGCAGUACAGCAGUUACGGGCUUGUGGAGUCCUGGAAACCAUCCGCAUCUCAGCAGCAGGCUUCCCAUCCAGGUGGACCUACCAGGAGUUCUUUAACCGGUACCGGGUUCUGAUGAAACUGAAGGACAUUCUCUCAGACAGGAAGCAGACCUGCAGGAACGUCCUGGAGAAAUGGGUUCAGGACCAGGACAAAUACCAGUUUGGAAAGAGCAAAAUCUUCUUCAGGGCAGGUCAGGUGGCCUAUCUAGAGAAGCUGCGUUCUGAUAAACUGAAGAAGGCGUGCGUUCGUAUCCAGAAGACGAUCAGAUGUUGGCUGACCAGGAAGAGGUAUCUCCGUAUGAGACGAGCUGCCAUCACCAUACAGAAAAACAUACGAGGUUACCAGGCGCGCUGUCUGGUAGCGUUCCUGAGGAGGACCAGAGCAGCGGUUAUCAUCCAGAAGAACCAGCGUAUGUUAGUGGCCAGGAGACGCUACCAGCAGCAGAGGUCUGCAUCCAUCACCAUGCAGCGUCUGCUACGGGCCUACCAGGCCAGACAGACCUACCGCAAGUUGCUGUACGAACACAAGGUUCUCACCAUCCAGAGGUGGGUGAGAGGCUGGCUGGCCAGGCGGAGGUGCAGACGCUCCCUGAGGGCCGUGGUUUAUCUCCAGAGCUGUGUGAGACGCAUGGCUGCCAGGAGGGAACUGAGGAAGCUCAGGGUGGAGGCUCGCUCUGUAGAACACUUCAAGAAGCUCAACGUCGGCAUGGAGAACAAGAUCAUGCAAUUGCAGAGGAAAGUGGACGAACAGCACAAGGAGAACAGAGAGCUCAGUGAGAGGUUGCGUACUGUGGAGCGGUCCCGGGCAGCGGAGGGCGAGAGACUGGGUCGAGAGGUGGAGCGACUGCGCGUGGCAGAGGAGGAGAGCAGAGUUAAAGCAGACGGGGUACCCUCCCUCCUGGAACAGCUGUCAUUCCUCCGUCAGGAAUUGGAGACUACCAGGGAGGAGAAAGAGGCCAUAGGGGAGGAGGCUAGGACGUACAGGGUGGACACAGAGAAGGUGGUGUCAGAGUUGAAUGAGAACAACCGCUUGUUGAUAACGGAGAAAGGCGAUAUGAAUCAGCUGAUCCAGGAACAGAGACAACAGAUCGCAGAGAGCAAGGCCCAGGCUAAAGUCGGUACGCAGCUGGAGAGUGAUAUCCGUGAGGAGCGUGACCACUACCAGAGUCUGCUGAGUGAAUACACGCAUCUAAAAGAGAGACACGCUGACCUGAAAGAGGAGAUGACUAUCAGUGUGAUCACCAAUAAACCAGGCCGCCGGAGAACAGACUCCAACUACAGCAGCAAUGAGUCUGAGGGAACUCCCAGCUCUGCAGAGGGAAGGCACAGUUCGGUGAAAACUCACAGCUCAACACGCAGCUCCUCAGGGUUCACCGAGUCCGAGACCAGAUCUCUACGAGGAGACGACGCGCCACACCAGGACGCGCCACACCAGGACGCGUCUCACCAGGACGCGGUUGCCAUGUCAGUCCUGUUGAAGCUGCAGAGGAGAGUCACUGAGCUGGAGCAGGACAAACAGACACUGCAGAGACACCUGGAUAAGCGGGACGAGGCACAACAAGACCAGGUCAAAAAUGCAGAGAAGCAAAGAACUGCAGGGAGAGCUGAGCUGGACCUGGAGGCUCUGAAACGCCAGGAGCUGGAGUCGGAGAACAAGAGGCUGAAGACAAACCUGGCGGAGCUGCGUCAGUCUCUAGCUACAGUCGCCAACACCAACCCCGGGGCUAAGACCAACCCCGGGGCUAAGACCAACCCCGGGGCUAAGACCAACCCCGGGGCUAAGACCAACCCCGGGGCUAAGACCUCCACCAGCAGCCCCGGGCCGGGCACCGCUCCCUACAACGUGCUCCUGGAGCAGCUCAACUCCUCCAACGAGGAGCUGGAGGUCAGGAAGGAGGAGGUGCUGCUCCUCCGCUCACACAUGGUCCGCCAGGAGGUGCUCAAACACAACAAGGAAGCGUAUGGAGAGAUGCAUAAGAUGAUUCAUCUUGGUGAAACCAAAGAGGCUGAUGGAUCCACUCCUGAUUACCACAAGUUGAACGAGGAUGGAGAGCUGUGGCUGGCUUAUGACGGGUUGAAGGAGACCAACAGCCUGUUGGUGUCUCAGCUGCAGGUUCAGGACAGGAGGCAUGAGGAGGAGGUGGAGGAGCUGAGAGAGGAGGUGCUCAGAGUGAGAGAGGAGAACAGGCAGCAGCAACAGUUCCUCUCCCAGAGCCUCCUCCUCCCCCAGGAGGCUCGCAUCGAGGCCAGCCUGCACCACGAGAUCACACGCCUUACCAGCGGCAACCUGGACCUGAUGGAGCAGCAAGAGAAACAGGACAAGAUGAUCCGCAAACUUAAGAAACAGCUCAAAGUCUACGUGAAGAGGGUAGAGGAAUACGAAGCUGGCGGUCAGAUGGAGAGCGUGGGUCCAGAGCCUCGCUCUCCUGUUGGUAUCACCCGGAAGGAGAGGGACUUCCAAGGCAUGCUGGAGUACCGGAGGGGGGAUGAGAGCAAACUACUGAAGAGUCUGGUUGUGGAGCUGAAACCUCGCGGUGUGGCGGUUAACUUCCUCCCUGGUCUGCCGGCCUACAUCCUGUUCAUGUGUCUAAGACAUGCUGACUACUCUAAUGAUGACCAGAGAGUCAGCGUCCUGCUCAACUCUACCAUCAACAGCAUCAAGGGAGUCAUCAAGAGGCGAGGAGAUGACUUUGAGACGGUGUCUUUCUGGCUGGCCAACACCUGCCGGUUCCUACACUGCCUGAAGCAGUACAGUGGAGAGGAGGCGUUUAUAAAGAACAACACCCCGCGUCAGAAUGAGCACUGCUUGUGUAACUUUGACCUGUCAGAGUACCGUCAGGUCCUCAGCGAUCUGGCCAUUCAGAACUACCAGCAGCUGGUCAGAUGCAUGGAGGAGGCCCUGCAGCCCAUGAUAGUUCCGGGUAUGCUGGAGCAUGAGAACUUCCAGGGAGUUCUCCCAGGGAGGAGGGGGGAGGAGGCAGCAGUUGUAGUUGGUCUCUUCCACGCUACCCUGAUUCAGCAUGACGUCGAUCCCGAGCUCAUCAAACAGGGGGUGAGGCAGCAGUUCUACAUCAUCUGUUCUGUCACUCUCAACAACCUGCUGCUGAGGAAGGACAUGUGCUCCUGGAGUAAAGGACUGCAGAUCAGGUAUAAUGUGUGGCAGCUGGAGGAGUGGCUGGAGGAGAAGGGGCUGACAGACUGUGGAGCUAAAGAGAUGCUGGAGCCGCUGAUCCAGGCCGCUCAGUUACUACAGGUCAAGAAGAAGACUGAGGAAGACGCCCAGGCUCUCUGCACCAUGUGCUCUGCCCUCACCACUCUACAGAUUGUGAAAGUGCUCACCUUGUACACCCCAGUGAUUGAAUUUGAGGAACGGGUUUCGAUAUCCUUCAUUAGAACCAUACAGGCCCUGUUGAAAGGCCGUGUUGAGUCACCGCUGCUACUUAUGGACACCAAGAAGAUAUUCUCUGUGACAUUUCCCUUCACCCACUCCCCUCUGGCUUUGGAGACCAUUCAGAUCCCUAGCAGUCUGAAUCUAGGAUUCCUCACACGGGUCUAACCCCUGACCCCCCCCCACCCUAGCUUUAAAAACAAACAAAAAAAAAAGUGUUUCCUUCCUCCUUGAAGUCAUCUCUGAUUUACACAUAGUUGGUCAGGUUUGAUCACUUCAAAGGAAGGAAGGGAGGAAGAAAUUAGACCGGCGCCCAGGAAUUCUCCCCAAUGGACCUGAGGGAACUACAUGAUUCACCACAGAUGCCUGACCAUUCAUGUUUUACAAAUGCCUUGGGAAAAAAGUCAGUCCGUUUUUUACAAUGUCCUGACCACAUACAAUUAGAAACAAGGAACAUUUGUAAUAAUAUGAUAAUACAUAAUAAAUAUUUUUAGCAAUAGUUACAGUAUACUCUGUGUUUCCCCCUAUAUGUUCACCACUGUCAAAUCGUGGAAAUCAUUUUCAGGAUGGCAAAAUGUUUUUUUUUUCAGCGUAAAUUUAAACCAGAUAUAAAGUAUGUAGAAAAGAUAAUGACGCGAUUUAUAUAUAUAUAUAUAUAUAUAUAUUUUUUUUUAAAUACGAACAUCCUCGAGAACUCGAUCGACAAUCAGAGAGAAUCUAAAAUGUGGUCCUUCUGUAGCUCAGUUGGUAGAGCAUGGCGCUUGUAACGCCAGGGUAGUGGGUUCGAUUCCCGGGACCACCCAUACGUAGAAUGUAUGCACACAUGACUGUAAGUCGCUUUGGAUAAAAGCGUCUGCUAAAUGGCAUAUAUUAUUAUUAUCAUAUAUUAUAAAAUUCCCCGUCAUGUCAUGUGGCCCAUUGAUUUUGUUAUAAAUGUUUGAGUCACUCACAUGGCAUAAGAACAAGGCAUAAGCCAUGGCAACAAAAAUGUUUAUAAUUGCAGCAAAUUAUUAUUAUUAUUUUGUUUUAAAUCAGAAUUCUCUCAGCCUCAUGACAACAUGUGUGGAAUUGCAGGAAAAAAUAGCUUUAAAGCUGUAAAAUGUUGUUCUCUGCCCCUCAUGGCAAAAUGUGUAGAAUUGUAGGAAAUGUGGUUUUUAAAACAGAAAAAAUGUCACUGCUGAAAAGAAUCAGGCUACUGUUUACUUGUUAAUGUACGCACAGGGAAAUGGCACUGUUUUAUAUUUUACGCAUUAAGAAAUAAUACAUUGUUUGACACAACUAUACUGAACAAAAAUAUAAACGCAACAAUUUCAAAGAUUUUACUGAGUUACAGUAAAAUCAGGAAAUCAGUCAAUUUAAAAACAUUUAUUAGGCCCUAAUCCAUGGAUUUGACAUAAUUGGGAAUACAGAUAUGCAUCUGUUGGUCACAGAAACCUUUAAUAAACAGGUUGAGGCUUGGAUCAGAAAACCAGUCAGUAUCUGGUGUGGAUCAGAAAACCAGUCAGUAUCUGGUGUGUCCACCAUUUGUCUCAUGCAGCGCGACACAUCUCCUUCGCAUAGAGUUGAUCAGGCUGUUGAUUGUGGCCUGUGGAAUGUUGUCCCCACUCUUCUUCGAAUGGCUGUGUGAAGUUGCUGGAUAUUGGCGGGAACUGGAACACGCAGUCGUACACGUCGAUCCAGAGCAUCCCAAACAUGCUCAAUUGGUGACAUGACUGGAAGAACUGGGACAUUUUCACCUUCCAGGAAUUGUUUACAGAUCCUUGUAACAUGGGGCCGUGCAUCAUCAUGCAGAAACAUGAGGUGAUGGUGGAGGAUGAAUGGCAUGACAAUAGGCUUCAGGAUCUCGUCACGAUAUCUCUGCGCAUUCAAAUUGUCAUCGAUAAAAUGCAAUUUUGUUCGUUGUCUGUCGCUUAUGGCUCACCUUACCAUAACCCCACCGCCACCAUGGGGCACUGUGUUUACAACAUUGACAUCAGAAAACCGCUCACCCAAACAAUACCAUCUGUGUCAUUGUGUUUUUUAGAGAAACCUUUUAUUGUCCCCAGCACAAGGUGCACCUGCGUAAUGAUCAUGUUGUUUAAUCCGCUUCUUGAUAUGCCACAAUCUGUCAGAUGAAUGGAUUAUAUCGGCAAAGGAAAAAUGCCCACUGACAGGAAUGUAAAUAAAUGUGUGCGCAAAAUUUGAGCGAAACAAGCUUUUAUUUUGUUUGUGCGAAUGGAACGUUUCUGGGAUCUUUUAUUUCAGCUCAUGAAACAUGGGACCAACAUCUUACAUAAUGCGUUUAUAUUUGUGUUCAGUGUAGGUGGAUGAGGGCAAAGUCACUAAGAGCUGGGAUGAAGGGGGCAGGACUACUGCAUUUUAUUAGCCAAAGUAAAUGUAUUUCCACUAGGGUUUGUACCGUAUAUUUGGGAGCCAACGUUAGUUGGCUGAUGCUGACUUACGUAAUGUAGUGGCUAGUGCUUACUACCUUUGUAAUGUAGUGCUUGUUGCCUUCCCAUAUAUCACAGUAAAUAUGAAUAUCAUGAGCACCACUCCUAUUGUACACUGUGUGCAGGACACCGCAACCAAAGAGCCUUGCUGUUGACUCACACCCUCCGUGUGCCCAUCGCUUCCCAUAGAGAUGAAGUGACCAUCAGGUUUCCUAAAUGUAUAAACCUGAAUAUCUCCUCAAAUGCUUUACAGUAGUUUUAAUACUGCUGGGAAAAGGCUUCGAGAAAUCUAUAGGCUACGUUUGCUACUGUAUCCCGUUCCGUUCCUUGAGUAAACGCAAGGCGCCAUUGGUAUCACAAAUAUAAUCACCCGCACAACUUUUUAAUAUUGUUCUAUGGCUGUAAGAAUGUCUUGUGAAUAAUUCCACGGGAUGGUGGUUUGUUUGCUUUUUUUUCGGGACCAGGAUGUCAGCGUUUAUUUGUUACUAUGCACCUAAAAGGCUUUAUAUUGUGGGUCAGCAGUACAUAAAAGAUGGUGAGAGGUAUUUGAAAUAAUAAAUGUAAAAAAAUAAAUUAAAAA